AUGAAUAAUAUAAAGGAAGGUAAUGUAAAUACAUUGUAUGAAAAAGAUAAAGAAAAAAAAAAAGAUUCAACUGAAAAUAGGAAGAAGAAACAAAAUGAGAAAGAUAAGAAAAAUCCGAAUGAUAAUAAAUUAAAAAAAAUAGAAUACACAAAUAAAAUAACACACUUUUUCAAAGCGAAAAAUAAUAAACAAAAUAAUGUUACGCAUAAAAAUAAUGAGGACAUAAAAAAUGAUAAUAGUAAGGACAUAAAAAAUAAUAAAAAUGAUGACAUAAAAAAUAAUAAUAGUGAUGAGAUACAAAAUGAUAAUAGUAAGGACAUAAAAAAUAAUAAAAAUGAUGACAUAAAAAAUAAUAAUAGUGAUGACAUAAAAAAUAAUAAAAGUGAUGAGAUACAAAAUGAUAAUAAUAAGGAGAUACAAAAUAAUAAUAAAAGUGAUGAGAUACAAAAUGAUAAUAAUAAGGAGAUACAAAAUAAUAAUAAUAGCUGUGAAAUAUUUAAUGAUUAUCAUAAGAAUAAUAAAUCGAAUGAAAACUUUUUGGAUAAUCCCGAUUGUUUCAUAAAAGAUAACAAUAAUUUUAAAAAUUUAGAUUCAUAUUCAAAAAAUACAAUAUUAAAAAAAAUAGACAUUUCUAAUAAUAUAUGGUUAAAUGAAAAAAAAAAUAAUAGCCCUAUAAUAAAACUAGAUCCUUUAAAUACGACUGGCGAAAAGGACUUAUUUGAAGCUCCUGACACCAAAAAUAUAGAAUUAUGUUCAGGAAAAAAUAUAAAAGAAAAAUGUUAUAAACAUAAUUAUUUAUGUGAUAAUUCUGUAAGUAAUAAUAUUAUUGAUAACAUAUCUAAGGAUAUGAAAAAAAAUAAAAUAUGUGAUACGAUCUUAAAAAAAAAAGAUUCAAGUGAAAAAGACAAAAAUGUUCCUUCGAAUAAAAAUAAUAAAAAUAAAAAUGAUAAUAAUAAAAGUAAAAGUAAAAAUGAUAAUAACAACAAUAAUGAUAAUAACAACAAUAAUGAUAAUAACAACAAUAAUAAUAAUAACAACAAUAAUGAUAAUAACAACAAUAAUGAUAAUAACAACAAUAAUAAUAAUAACAACAAUAAUAAUAAUAACAACAAUAAUAAUAAUAACAAUAAUAAUAAUAAUGAACGUGAUGUUUGCUACUCUUCUAAUAAUAAACAUUGUAAUUCGGAAAAACCUUUGAAUCAAGAGAAAAAAGAAAAUAUAGAUUUAGGUGAUCAUACUAAAGAACAAAGGAAUAAAUCAAGAAAAAUUUCGAUUGUCAAUUUCUAUGGAGAAAAUCUAGAAAUUACAGUAAAUAUAAAUGAAGAAGAUGAAAACGAUGAAAGUGAAUCUAGUAGCGAUAACAGCCUUGUGAGAAGUGAAUUAAAUAGUAAUAAAAUUACAAAGAGAAAUAUAAAUCCAACAAAUAUUAUAGAUAUUAAUAAAAAUAACGAAAAAAUUAAUAAUAAAAUUUUUUUUAAAAGAAAAUCCAUUUCGGAUUAUGAAAAUUAUAAUCAGAAAGAUAAAAAAAUAAAAAUAAAUAAAUUAAAUCAUCAUAAUCAUGAACAUGAACAUGGUCAUAUCUAUAAUGAUCAUAAUAAUGAUGAUGAUAAAAUCAUAAAUUCGAUAGAUCAUAGAAAAAGUGCAUCAAAUAAUAUUCAUAACGGAAAAAGAAACACAUUUCAUCUAUUCAAUUCUAAGAAUCUAAUAAAUAAAAGAACUUUAAUAUCGGAUAAUGAAUUAGAUAUAGGAUGCAAACGCAGGAAGAGAACAAAAGUUGAAAAAACUCCUAAUAAACACGAACAACAUAUACAAGCAGAAAUACAAACAGAACAUAAAAUAGAACAAAGUGAACACAAGGAAUUAUAUAAAGUACAAAAUAAUAAUCAACUAAAUAAUGUUUUACAAAGCAGAAAUGUUGUUGAUACAAAUAUAGAAACAAGUAAAUAUAAAAAUGGAAGACAAAUUUGUGUACAGGGAGAAAUAUUUAAUAAUUCAAAUGUGAAGAAAAAAAAAAAAAAAAAAAAAAACGAACAAGAAAAAAAUGUGCCUCUUAAGAAUAUGAUGAAGGAUGAAAUUGAAAUAGAUACAAUAGAAAGAAAAUUCAUCUCUCAAGAAAACAUACUAAAAGAAUUAAAUAGAAAUGUUCCUAUGGAAAAGACACCCAUCGAAAAGGUACCUAAUAAAACCAUUUCGAAUUUAAAAAUGCCCAAUCUAACUGUGCCAAUUUUAAUGACUACAAAUGAAGGCCUAAAAAGUUCAAGCACAUCGAAAGGUACCACGAAGACAUGUUCUAAUAAAAUGAAUGGCCACAGAGAAAUAAAUGAUAAGAAUAUCAAAAGUGAUCAUAAUAUUAACCGAAAUAAUAAUAAGAAUAAGACCCCUCUUAAUAAACCAAUAAAUAAAAAGGAAAGACAAAAGAGUCCAAAGAAUUAUAGCCUAAAAUCAACAGAGAAAAGUAAUAAAAAAGUAGAUAAGAAUUAUUGUCAAGAGAUACAAAAGUGUAAUAUUGAAAAAGACAUUUUAGAUGAUAAAGAUGUUAUAAAAUCAGAAGACACUUUAGAUAAUAAUAAAGAUGUUAUAAAAUCAGAAGACACUUUAGAUAAUAAUAAAGAUGUUAUAAAAUCAGAAGACAUUUUAGAUAAUAAUAAAGAUGUUAUAAAAUCAGAAGACACUUUAGAUAAUAAAGAUGUUAUAAAAUCAGAAGACACUUUAGAUGAUAAAGAUAUUUUAGAUGAGAAAAGAAAAGUACAGAUAUUAAGAGUGUUAAAUAAGUAUUAUUUUGAAAAAGAAUAUAAUGAUUACAUUUUGAAUAGAGAGAAACAAAAGGGUUGUACUGAAUUAUUGAAAGAUAGUUCUAAUAAACCAUAUACAUUUUUCGUUGCUGGUAAAUUUAAUUUGUUUAGUAAUUUCGUAUUAAUAAAAAAAUUAAAAGAUGUAGGAUAUAACAUAACAUAUAAUAUGAGAAGAAGUAAUAGUUUAAUAUUAGGAUAUGAUAUAAGUAAUGAUAUAUUAAAAAAAGUAGAAAAUUUUAAAGGAGAAGUAUUUGAUGAGAAAAGUAUAAUGGUACAUUUAAAAAUAAAUGUACAAAAUCGUAUAAAUUUAUUUAUACCUAUAAAUAAAUAUAACGGGAAAAGAUAUAAAAUAUAUUUUAAUGAGAGUAAUAUAAAGAAUUCUCCAGUAUGUUUAAUAAAUAAGAAAUUACAUUCUUUUUGUAAGACAAUGAAUACAUAUAUUGAGCAUAUAAAUAUGAGUAAUAUAGAUUAUAAAAAAUUAUUAAAUUUAAAAAAGAUUAUGAAUAGUUUUUUAUUAUUUUUGCAUAUGGGAAGAAAUAAAUUCCAAUCAGAUAUAAAUUCAAUUUUAUUUUAUUAUAAAAGAUAUUAUUCUCUUAAGAAACCAUUAAAUGAAGGAAAUAUUUAUAAUUAUAUAUUUUUUUUUAAAAAGAUAUGUAAAUUGUUUAGUACAUGUUAUGUUAAUAAUGACAUGUUAACAUUAAAAAGUAAUACAUCUUUUGAAAUAUAUGUAAAUAAUAAUGAAGGAUUAAUUAAUGAUGAUAAGAAUAAUAAUGAAAUAAAAACUUUAAAAAUUGUUAAAGAAUUUAAACAAAAUAAUAAUGAUGAUGAUAAUAAUAAUAUAGAUAUAUAUAGUGAAUUUAAUAGUGAUAUGUAUAGUAAUGACAUAUAUAGUAAUAACAUAUAUAGUAAUAAUGACAUAUAUAGUAAUAACAUAUAUAGUAGUGAUAUAUAUAGUAAUAAUGACAUAUAUAGUAGUGAUAUGAAUAGUGAAAUGAUUGGUAAAAUAUCUAGCGAAUUUUUUAAUGAUAUGAAUAGUGAUAUGAUAACUAAAAUAAGUUUUGAAAUGAAUAAUGAAAUUAAUAGACAAUUUAAUCGAAAAGAUUUUUAUUCUAUAAAUAAAAUACAUUCAAAUAUAAUUCCUUCCAAUAUUUUAUAUUCAAAUAUAAUUCCUUCUAAUAUCUUAUAUUCAAAUAUUAUACCUUCCAAUAUUUUAUAUUCAAGAAAUAAUUCAAAAUUUAUAGUUGAUAAGCAAGAACAUAUUCUUAAACAUGAUUCUAAUAAAAUACAUAACUCUCAAGUAACAUUACAUAACGAAGAUGAUCUCAAAAAUAAUUAUCUGAAUAAAGAUAUUUCUACUGAUCCUAAUUUUUCUUCCUUUGAUUAUAUAUCAAGUGAUGACAUGGAUUAUUAUAACCACGACCAAAGAGAAGAUCAACAUGUGAAGCAACAACGAAAGGAAAAACAAAAUAUACAGAAUCAACAACAAAAAGGCAACGUUAAUGUUAAUGAUAAUAAUAAUAUUAAUAUAUAUGAUAAUAAUAAUGUUAAUAUAUAUGAUAAUAUUCAUCCGAAAAAUCCACAAGUUGAUAGUUAUAAUUCAUUACAAGAACGAAAUAAUGAUAUUAAAGAGAAAAUAAAUUUUGACGAACAUAUAAUUCUGGAAAAUAUGAAAAGGAGCGAGAAAUUAAUAAAUAUAAAUAAUUUGUGGAGUAGUUUUUUUGAACCAAAUAGUUUAUAUGAAAUUGCUGGACAUAGAAAUGAAAUAUUAAAAUUAUAUAAAUUUAUUAAAAAAAAAAUUAAUAAUAAAUUAAAUGAUAAAAAAUAUGAAUAUUUAGAUUUUUCAGAGAAAAGUACUGAAUAUAAUAAUAAAUGUGUACAAGUUGAUAAUGUAAAUAUAAUUUUUUUAUUAUAUCCACCGAAUUGUGGAGUGAAAAGAUUAGUUGAAUUAACAUGUUAUGCAUGUGAUUUAUGUCCAAUAUAUGAAAGUAAAGUACAAAAAUAUAAAAAUAUUAAUUAUUUUUUUAAAUAUACUCAUGGACUUAAAGGAAUAUCAAUAUAUAAUGCUAACCGUUUAGAUAAACAUUCUAUGAAUGAAUUAAAUACAAGAAAUGAUGUUUGUAUCUGUUUAUAUGAAGAUAAAAAUUAUAUCAUAAAUAAUUUUAAUAAUUUUACUCUACCUAUUCUUGAUAAUAUUAAUCAUCUACUUAUCAAAUUCUCAUAUCCAUCCAAAAAAGCUCUUUUUUAUAGAUGUUUUGCUGUAUCGUCAUGUAUAAUAAAAAAUUUAAGAAAAAAAACAUUCAAAAUAUUGUUUGAAAUAUGUAAACUAAAAAAUUUAUCCUAUUCAAUAGAAAGUAUAUAUAACAAAGUCCAUUUGAUUUCUUCUUAUAUAAAUUAUAUAAAGGCUAAUGAAUCUUCUGUAAAUAAUAUUUCUACUAACAGAAUAAGUCACCACGUUCAUACAAUGGACACAUUUGAUUAUGAAGAAAGCCAAAGGAUUCAUCACGACAAGAGGUUUGUAAGUAAUGGCAACAUUAAUAAUAAUGAUAUAAUUUAUAAAAAGAAUGUUCACGUGAAUAACUCAAAUGGUUACAUGGAUAAUAAAACCACAUUGUUUUGGAAUCAUCCACAAAUUAAAAAUGAUGAUAAAAAAAAUAAUGACAAAGAAAAAAAUGAUGACAAUAAAAAAAAAAAUAAUGAUGAUGAUAAAAAAAAUAAAGAUGAUGAUAAAAAAAAUAAUGACGACAACAAUAAUAAUAAUAAUAAUAAUAGUAAUAAUAAUAAUAAUAGUAAUAAUAAUAAUAAUAAUAGUAAUAAUAAUAAUAAUAAUAGUAGUAAUAAUAAUAAUAAUAGUAGUAAUAAUAAAUAUUUUGGUAAGAGAAAAUGUAAGGAAAAUAGCUAUGAGGGCAUAAAAUAUGGAAAAGAUGAUUUUUGCUUUCCAAAUAAUAUUAUAUACGAAUAUAUAAGAACACAUUUAUUGAAUCGUUUUGUUAUACAUAAUUAUGAAGAUAUUGAAGAAGAUAUUUAUGAUGAUUAUAAUGUGAAUAAUAUAGAAGAAGAUAAUUUAAAAAAGUUAAAUCAACUAAAUAAAGAAUAUUAUUUUUAUGGUGGCUUUGAUUUAGAAGAAAUUUAUAAUAUUAUUUAUGAUUCUUAUGAUAAAUUAUAUAUACAUAAUCCAAGUUUUAUUUUAGAUUUUAAUAUAAACAAAAAUGACAAUAUGCUAGAAGAUAAAAUUGAUUAUUUAUAUGUAGAUGAAAAAUCACAAAAAGAUAGACAACGUAUUUUAAUGAAUAAUCUAGAAUUAUUUUUAUAUGCUUCUAUUUUAUUAAAAUCUAAAGAUAUAAAUAUAUCUUAUAUUGCUGUUGAUAUGGCUAUAUAUUGGAAUAAAUUUCUUUAUAUGAAUCCCUGUUUUACGAAAAAAAAAAAAAUAAAAACAAAAAAAAAAAACAAUAUACAAAUUAAUGUAUACCAAAAAGAACAAUCAAUAAAUUUUAAUAAUAAUGAUUAUAUUAAUCAAAUAAAAUUAAAAGAUCAUUUAAAAAAUAAAACUGAUAAAUGUAAUAAAGGAUAUAAUGAUAAAGUUAAAAAAUAUAAACAACUUAUUAUGCACUUCAAUUGUCCAUUUAAUUUCUCUUCCGCAAAUAUUGUAUAUGAUAUAUUACAUAACAAUAAAGUAGUUAAUUUUAAUGUAAAAAAAAAGGGAGUACUAUAA